CUUUCAGGACAGAAUUGAAAAUAGAAGUGUUUUUUAUAACGUAAGGUUCAUGUAAGUUUAUAGCUGUUCAUCUACAAACAGCCAUGCUGGGCAGUUAGUUCAUUUUCAGAGAGAGCUAAACUUGUAAUGAAAUAUCGAAAAUAUGAAGCAUACUUAAAAACAGACUAUGUACCAGAGAACUGUAAAUGCUGCAGCUUUUACUAAGUUCUUUGUAUUAACAUAAGGGAUUUGCCAGAAGAAAGAAUGGGGCAAGCUGAAUGGAGGAGACUCUGAGGCAUUUUGCACCCUGACACAGUUAACUCUGUGUACACAGCUGACUCCAUUCAUUCCCUCAAACCAAUCUCUUCCCUUGUGGUGGCUGAUAAGUGUUUAACAGCUUGUUGAGGUGGCGUCAGUAUCUUUAAUGCUAAGCAUUCACAUUCCCAGCCACACAGCUAGUAUUCGUCCACUGUAUACACUGGGAAAAGAAGAACUAGAGAUCUGGGAAGGGAAAUCAUGCAUCAUCAUCAUCCUGACUGGAAAAUCCCAAGCCCUUUAAACUGCUUUCAUCAUGUGGAUUCACUGGAGAAAUGACCUUCUUAGAUCGACCAGGCCAGAUCAUAAACUGGUUUGUUUGCUCGCUGUGUGCCCCAUGGGUGCUGAGGUUUUGGAGUUGCAGGCGCCCCAGGACCAGGAGGAAUCUAUUGCUGGGCACAGCGUGUGUGAUUUAUCUGGGGUUCCUGGUGAGUCAAGUGGGUCAUGUUUUACCCCAGCACAAAGCGGGACGCCGGAAGGGUGAUUCUAAGAGUCUUCAAGGUGUUGCCCAGACACCAUUCCUGGGCAUCCCUCUGGAUGGUACCUUGUCCCCACCUGAUCUCCAGAUUGGUGAAAAUGGGACCUCAGUGCCAGCCAAUGUGGUGUACAUUACCCUGAGGUCCAAGCGCAGUAAACCUGCCAACAUCCGAGGUACUGUGAAGCCCAAACGCAGAAAGAAGCAUACAGUACCUCUGCCGUAUGGGCAGGGCCUUCCAGGAGCUGCUGCUGGGCAGAAAGAAACCUUGCUCCAACGACGGGAGAGGAUGAGUCAAGCUGUGGGGAUUAUGGCUGCAGUUGCUCCUCCAGACACAUGGAAGAGCCACCUGAUGGAGGACAGAGAUAGAAAGAAAGAGUUGUCAAUAAGGCGUCAGGAACACUGGAGACAUGUAGGGAUUUCAAAAAACGUCAAUGUGCAGCCCCAAACUCGAGAAAGUAAUAUCAGGAUCUACAGUGAGAGUUCCCCCUCUUGGCUGACAAGAGAUGACAUCAAAAGCAUGCGUGCGAUGGCCGAUUCCCGGAUAGAGGGUAUCCAAGAAGCACCUUCUCAACAUGGGAUUUUGGCCGUGUUUGAAAGAAAUCCCAGGGCUUCAGGAGCAGCUUGUAGUCAAGGACAGUGUGGCCUCAUCAAAAUCCCCCUGGACAUGAGUGAGGUGUUUGCCUUCCAUUUGGAUAGGAUCCUGGGGCUGAACCGGACCUUGCCUUCUGUAAGCAGGAAGUUCGAGUUUAUCCAAGAUGGGCAGCCCUGUCCUGUUAUUCUCUGGGAUCCCACACUGUCCCCAACAGAUAAUGGCACCCAUUCUUCUGUGAGACUAAACUGGAGAGACUAUCAGCAGCUACUGAAGCAGAAGUGCUGGGUAAAUGGCAAAGUGCCCAAAGCUGAGUGGGGAUGCACGGAGAUUCAUCACCAUGAGUGGUCCAAGAUGGCACUCUUUGAUUUUCUUCUUCAGGUCUACAGUCGACUGGACAGAAAUUGCUGUGGGUUCAAACCUCGCAGGGAGGAUUCCUGUGUGCAGAAAAGACUGAAGCUGAAAUGUGAUGAUCAAGACUCCAUUGACCUAACACACAUCAUUCAGAGAAAGCAUGACCCAAGGCACUUAGUCUUUAUAGACAAUAUGGCUUUCUUUGACAGAAGUGAAGAGAAUCUUGACUUCAAAAUAUUACAAGGGAUCAAAGAGUUCCCUGAAUUGGCAGUUUCAGUGCUCAAAAGCCAGCACUUACGGGAGAAGCUUCUUCAGUCUUUGUUCCUUGACAAAGUGUACUGGGAGAGCCAAGGAGGUCGCCAAGGAAUUGAAAAACUUAUUGAUGUGGUAGAAAGGAGGGCAAAAAUUCUUCUUACUUACAUAAAUGCACAUGGAGCUAAAGCAAUACCCAUGAAUGAAUGAAUUUAUCUUGUUUCUAACUCUAAGUUAGAAAGUAUUUUUACAGAUCUAUAAAGCAACAGCUGAUGGCAGGACUGAUUUUUUUCCCUGCCCUGUAGUUAAAAAAACCCAAAACCAAUACAGGAAAUUAGCAAGCUCAUUAAAAAAACAUUUUAAAUGUCCUACCUACUUAUGGAGAAUAUAAAACCAUCAGUUUCUAUACUCUCUAAAAUUCAGUGGAUUUAUUUGUGUCCUUCACUUAUGACACAACAAUGUCCAAACAGUAUGAUAAAUGCCCUUAUGGUAACAUUAUGGGUGGAAUUAACAGCAACCAAGCACCAGAUUGAACUCUCGCUUAAAUGCUAUAAAGGACAAAGACAAAUUAGGAGCACAUAUUUCACAGAAGAACCACUCCCUUUCUGAUGUCACUAUCUGUGUGCUCAAGGGAAAUCUAUGAAAGACCUAUAAAAGUCAAGUUUUGGAACAAGAAUUCAUAAACUGGCUGGAUUGAACACUGAUACUGAUUUAUUUAAGGACAAAUAUAUUUUCACUGGAUCCUUUUAUUUUAGAAUUAAAGGCGAGGUAUCCAAACAGCUCUCAGUAUUGAUCCAACUGGUCCCACUGAAGCCAAUGGACUUUUUAACCUUGAUUUAAAUGGGAACUAAGCUCACUCUUAAAAAUUCCACUCUGACUUUAUAACAGAGCUUACCAAAGUGAACAUGAAUGCAGGCUGUUGCAUUCAUUUCUUUUGGCUUGUUUUUAUUUUUAAGAAAACACAAUUCCCACUGUCCCUUAAGCCUGAUGUGUUUUAUUGUGUGUGUUUUAUCGUGAAAUGUUUUGGGACCAAGUUCAGUUUUCUUGGAAAUAGAUGCAACUCCCACUGGAAGUUGUGCCUGCUUUCCCAGUAUGAGAUACAGGGACAUACUCUGUAACAAUUAAUAUAUUUGACAAAUUAUGCGCCCUCCCCCAACUUUUGUCCACAGAUUUUCCAGUUUAGUUGCAGAUUAUUCACAAGCCAUUCAUUCACGAGUCAUGUGUUGUGUAACUGUAGAAAUCUGAAAUUCAGCUGAUUCUCUGGUGCUCAUGCAUUACGAAGCAAGGACUAAGUAUAACUCAUAGAAUCAUGUUUUUAGUGCAGCUAAUAGUGUUUAUGGAUUCAGAAUUAAGCUUUCCAUGAUGUUGUGCUAUAUUUGUGCAUAUGGUUUUGUUUCUGAAACAUUCCUGCCAAUGCAUUUAUUCUGUAGACUUCUGACAGAAAGCAAACAUAAAGGGACAUGGGCCUUGUUCAUAUUAGAACAGAAAAUGUUGUUUAUGAUAGUUGGUCAGCUGUAGUGAGCCCUGAAUUUAGCUGCUUGUUUUCUGUUAAAAAUGACCCCAACCCUUUAAGAGGUGGUUUGUUGUUGGCAAUGGACUAAAUAAUAAACAUCAAUGGAA